AUGAAGUCUUCAUCAGUCCUACUUGCGGGUGUUUUGGCCCAGUAUGCCUCUGCGUUUCCUGGAAUGGGGAACACCCGUAGAGAAGCUGGUCUGCUUCCUCUCAAACCUCUAGCCAAGGCUGUUACUACAUCUAGCAGCGCUUCCACAAAUUAUCCACCCUGGCACCCACCACAAACUGGAGAAGGUACGAGUAGUUCGUUCGCCGAAGGGGAUCAUCGUUCUGACCAUCAUAUAGUCCGCUCUCCCUGCCCUGGCCUGAACUCAUUAGCAAAUCAUGACAUCUGCCCCCGAAGCGGCAAAGGAUAUACCAUCCCUAUCUUAACUGACUGCCUGAAGAGAGGACUGAAUGUUGGUGCCGAUUUCGCUCUGGUCGUGGGCACAGCAGGAAUCGGUUCCAACCCCAAUCCUUUGACGUCAGGUCUGUACUUUGACCUCGACAUGCUGGAUCGUCACGACUUUCUGAUUGAGCACGAUGGCUCAUUGUCUCGUGCCGACGCCUCUACAGGAAACAACUACAGUUUCAAUCAGACCAUCUGGGACACGGUACUCGCUUACUAUAGCGGUAUGGAGGACGCCGCCAUCCCUGUCGCUUCUAAAGCUAGAUACAACCGCAUCAGCACAGAGGCCGCUAGAGACCCCAACUUCAGUUACAGUCCAGUUCAGUUCAUUCUCAGCUACGGUGAAACCGCCUUGUACUUGUCAACUAUGGGCGAUCCGAUCACUGGAGUUGCGCCACUGGAGUAUGUGCGUAGUUUGUUCGAACAAGAGAAACUUCCCUAUGAGCUCGGCUGGCAACCACCAAAGACCACGACAACUUUGGCUAGUUUGGGUGCAAUGGCCAUCCAGCUCAACGCUGCAAGCGGAGAACAGAUUCCAGAGGGUGUGAUCCUGGGAGAGAACAGUUUGAAAGCGGUACUCAUCGGCCUCAACGCCGCCACUGGAGAGAUUGAGAACAACGCAGUCUAUUCCCUGGCUAAACUCACGGGAGCGCUUGGCAGCGUGACUUCAGCUUUGAAAGGCUUGACCAGUCUGUAG